CUAGCUUCCCAUACUGUGCAGUGUUCAGUCUUAUCAGUCUUAUUCCUAUGGCAAAUACAGAUACUCCAGAAUACAUUAUACUUAAAGAUCAUCUCGCUGAUGUUGUUGAUUUAUUAGCUGGGAAUGCUUCAGUCAUUACACAAUUUUCAAACCACAUCUUUUCAUCAGGUCUCAUUCCUAAAGAGAUACAUCUCAAUCAGAAGAGCAGUCCUUUAGAUAGAGCCACUCAACUUAUUAAUUCGGUUUUUUCUACAAUUGGAACUCAUUCUAAUCCUAGUGAUGUCUUUCGUGGGCUUGUUACUUCAUUGGAAAAGGUUGGGCUCACUGACAUGGCUGAGAAACUUCAGCAAAGCCUUGGAGGCGGAAGUCACUUUCAGGCAUUUGUGCCAUUAGUAGAAGCAGUAGACCAAUCACCAACUGUAAUUCAACUUAGUUCUAAAGACGAAGUAGCAACAAACAUUGACAAACUUUAUGAUCAGUUUACUAGCCUUGUGACAGACCUCAGGACUCGAUUUGAAGAAUUAAUAUCUGAAGGUAAAAUAAAAUUAAUACAAGUUACUCGACAAGCUGCAGACUAUUUAAGAAGAAGAGUGACAAGUUUGCAAGCAGAUAGCAUUGAUGAAUUGUUUGACUGCCUUCUGUCACAUUAUGAUUUUCUUAACUGUAGCUUACUUAGAAAGCUCGCAAAUAGGUUUCUUGCUGAUGAUGAAUUGCAGUUGUCAUUAUCACAAUACAUUGAUAGUAUGGAUAACCUGUUAGAAUCAUCACAAUUAAAGCACAUUCGAUCAACCAUCAAAGAAAAGCUAUCAUUUUUACCUACUAAUGAACAUGCUGCAUGUAUCAUUUUCAAGCUACAUGAUAGAUGGGAAGAAAUGACCUUAAAAAAUUUUAAGAGAGUCCUUAGUCAUUACUUUGGAUCAAAUGCUGAUCUCUUUAGUCACAUUUACUUUGAUUAUGGAUCACUAAUUGUUAAGAUGCUGAUACCAGCCUCAAUCUUACAGUUUAUAACAGAUAUACUUAUUGCAAAGAGAAGCUCAAUGAAUGGAAUUGGCAUUUUUCAAGUUGCUGUCAACGGAAAGAUAGUUUUGAGCAUAGAUAGCACUGAUAUUAAUUUUGAAAAGUCGCUUACGGACUCAGGAGAUGAUUUUGAGGCAACAUUGUUGUUGAGGUUAGGAGCUAAUCCUUACGAUGAAGAUGCUAUAAGAUACAGAAGAAGAAGGCAACUUGCUAUCAAUAGUGAAGAGAGGGAUAAUUAUGUGGUUCAACGAAUAUCUGAAGUAGCAGAUGAUAUUACUAUUAGAGAAAACUCACUCAUCAACGUAUUGGCAGCAUCUAGAACAGUUAGCUCCAACCAAUUUCUAGCUCUAGUUUUAGGCUUUACAGGGAGACUUAUGCUAAGAAGUCGAAGCCUCAGUAUAGUUUCUGCUACUAUUUUUGGAGGAGUUUGUGGAAUGGCUGUCACUAUACUGAUUAUAAAAAUUAAUGAUGAUGAUAGUACAUGUUUCAUGUGUUUUGCAGUAGGGGGCUCAGUUGGAGCAUUUGCAGGGACCACAGCUUUUGACAAAUUAAUGAGAUAUCCUGGUGGCCAUUCUCGCAGAGUUACUAAAUAUAGGAUUGCUGUAGACAUUGCUCGUACAUUGUUGGGGAUAGGAUUAAUAAUCAUAUUAUUUGUUCUUGCUAUAAGAGUAUAUUUUAGUGUGAAGGGAUCGUUUAUAAGUUUUCAUUAUAACUAUGAGACUUAUGCUGUGUUUGUUUUCUUUGGAGCAUUAAUGGGAGCAGUAAGUGCUUUGACUGUAGGUCCAGAGCCAAUUAUUGGACAAUUAUUAUCUGGUUAUGGUACAAGGUCUAGUGUUGGAUUAGGUGUAUUACGUGCUUGCAUUGGAAUAGGAACUGGAGCAAUGGUUGGAUCAGUUGCAUUUAGUGAUUUAAUUCCAUAUAACCAUAUCAAAACUGCAGCAAUUGUUAUGGGUGGUCUAAUUGGGGCUUUUAUUGGUUAUAAGUACUGCUCAGACUUUUUAUCUUAUUGAACUAUUUUUAUGACAAAAAACAACAAAAAAUCA